AUGGAAGAUAGAAAUUCGGAUUUUCGUGCAAUGCUUAUUAGCAUUGCUAUUAGUUUGGACCAAAAAGAACUUAAAACCUUGAUAUUUUAUGCUAAAAUUAAACGUAAUUUAGCAGAAACCAUACAUCAGGUUACAGAUCUGUUUCAAAUACUGGAGGAGAGACAAGAUUUAAAACCAAAUGAUUUGAGUUAUUUUAGAAAGAUGAUAUCAGUAUUAGAAACUCGCAGAGAUUUAUUAAAAAUUAUUGAUGAGUAUGUGAGAGAUAAUGAAAUGGUUGAUGGAGAUGAUGGAAAAUGCUCAAAUCAUCUUGAAGGUCCACAACAAAAUCAUGAUUCAGGUGAUAAAUAUCCCAUCAUGGCCAGAUUGAAUGCAGAAGUUUUAGCAGACCGGAAAUUGAAGCAGAAGGAAGAUAUUUUGGAUUGCAACAGAGAUGUCAUUGAGAGAAAAGGUAGAGGUGAACUACACGAAAGAUGUGAGCAGAUGCAAGAAAUAUAUGAGCAGCUACAAGAAGGAUAUUAUCAACUAGGUGAAAUCAGACAGCAAAUACAGGGUGGCAUUGAGAGAUUCGAUAGUAUGAUGAACAGAAUUUCUAAAUUUUAA